AUGCCUCCUCGCAAGAAACUGAAGCAAAAGACUGGCCGUCCCCCUCCAGCGUUCUGGGACAACCUGUCGAAGAUCUGGCUGACUAGUGAUGCCCUCGAGGAGCUAGACCGGCGGAACAGAGCUCUCUCACGCAGCGGUCAAGGAAUGCCAGAGCCACACACUCAACCAUCCCAGGCUGACUUUAACCCUGCAGAGGACUGCUCGCUCAGAACCCUUCAUCAGAUCCGGGAGCUCUCGAAGCAGGGCGGACCUGACCUAUCUGAUCUGAGAAAUGGCUCUGUCCAGUUCCCAGACCCUGCUGAAGCCCGAAAGCGACGGGCUCCCUCCAAUAGCAGCAGCAGCAGCAGCGCUACAAAAACAACUACGACCAUUUAUGAUGGGAACUUUGAGCAAGUCCUUAUAGGUAGUGGUGUCUACCCAGCCGGAUACGAAUAUCCUGAUGGCCAGGUGCCAGCCAGGCCAGACAACCUGGACGAAAUAAACAAGAGACUGGCCCAGCGACGUCCGUCUCUUUCGCCGUCAAGGUGUCCAGACAGCGAGUUUGAAGAGUUCAAACGGACAGAUGCCGCCGCUUCCAGCGGACGACCAAUAAUCGUCCUUAUCAUCCGGUCUCUCGAAGGUGGCAGGCAUGACUCCAGCACUGUAGGGGGUGGCUGCCCCUUUGAGGACCUUGCUCCCCUGGCGGACCGUAUACUGGUGACUGCGAAACCAGAUCACUACUAUGCCGCACGCAUGGAGCAGCUUGACCGCCAGAUUCGCGACGAGCUCAGCGAAUACAUCAUCCCGUCGGAGGAGGACAGCCUGCUAAUGGCCCCCAAUUUCUUUCUAGAGGCCAAGUGGCCCGAUAGGUCCCUUGGUGCUGCUACACGCCAGGUCUGCUACUACGGUGCACUGGGGGCUCGAGCAAUGCAUAAACUCCAGUGCUACAAGCAGAAUGAGCAGCCGCUAUACGACAACAGAGCCUAUACUAUAACGGCAACUUACCACGGCGGUCAGCUGAAGCUCUACGCAACCCACCCGGCCCCUCCUCGAACGCGUGGUUGGCAGAGUGAUGGCUGUCCAGAAUACAUCACGACCCAGCUGAAUGCCUGGAGUAUGUCUGGCAACGCAGACAGCUUUCGACAGGGGGCAACUGCCUAUCGAAACGCAAGGGACUGGGCCAAAGAACAGAGGAACCGGUUGCUCGAGACCGCAAACGAAAGGCACAAACAAGCGAUGCCGCCUAAGUCACCACCUAGAGAGCGAGGCGAAGCCCGUCUCAGUUGA